AUGGACUACAAAAGAGACGACUAGUCCUUAAAUGGGAUAGUAAUUAGGAAAAUUUAAUCAGAAAAAGAAAUUGUUGAAGCCAUGUAAAUGAGACUAGAUGUAUUGAAAGUUCUCCCAGCUUAUAAGAAUGUAAAUUUAGAAGAUUACUACGAAGUUGAGAUUGAAGGCGCACUAAAUAUAUAUCGCAAUGGAAUUGCAUAUGCCGCAUUUAACGAAUAAUAAUAAUUAAUAUCUUUUGCACUUACGUUUGAUUUAACUUUCGAACCAAUCUCGAACCUUUAAAAAUAAUUUUUUGACGAUGGUAUUGUAAGUUUCAUUAGAAAUGAUGCAAGGAAAAUACUUAACCCUAAACCUGGAUAAUAUUCUUAUAUUGGCUAUGGAGCAACUAGAAAAGAUUAUAGAAAUUUGCACCUUACUUCAAGAAUAGGUUUGAUGUUAUUGAAAGAGAAUUAUUCCUAAGGAUUCAAAUAUAUUGUUGCUAUAGCUAGCUCAAAACAAGGUUAUGAAAUAGGUAGAUCAUUUGGAGGAAAAAUUAUAAAUUAAUAUAAUUUUAAUGGAGAUGCUGCCAAAAUAUAAAUUCUAGAAAAGUAAUAGACAUUUUAUAAUCAAAAUGAAAAAAUGAAAGAAAAAGUAAUUACAAAGUUUUUAUUGAUGAGUGAAUUCAAAAAGAUUGAACCCUUGAUUAACUUUGGCAAAUUAUGA